AUGGAGACCUUCUCACCCUUUCGCGUCGUGGGGAGUGUGUGCGGUGAGGUGCCCAUCAGCAGCACGACGUUGUAUGGAGCCCCUCUCUUGAUGGUCGCCACGGGUCGCACCUUCCAGCUGUUCCGCGGGAAGGAGUUGUCCAUGCUGCGUGGUGGACCUCAUUUUCUCAACCGCGUACGGGCCGUGGCGCAGGCAGGCAAGUACCGCUUCGUUGCCGAAGGUCCCCGUGUGCAUGCCUUUACGCACCACAAACCACUUUGGACGUGCCUGCAUCACGACAUUACACAGAGCAAAGUGGAUUACCUUCUUGCCGUCGAUGAUCUCCUGUUUUGCAUUGGACAGGAUAAGCGGGUGGCCGUGCGUGGGGUGAAGACCGGGAAACUUCUCGGCGAGUUUCUUAUUGAACACAGUGAGGAGGUGCGUGCGGUGGUUGUACCGACUGGGUAUACCAACAAGUUGCUUGUUGCCACCGCCGAGGGGUCGUUGCAUCUGUAUAACUUUAAGACUGGCGUCUGCCUGUGGUACGCGCAACGCGCGUCUGGUGCACAGAUGUUGUCCCUUGCUGCCAGCAGCUAUAAAGACGUCGUCGCCUAUGGCACGAGCCGAGGCCGGGUAGUGGUACUUAACCUCUGCACAGGUGAGGAGAUUAUGAGCUUUGAACAUAAGGAACGAGGUGCUGUGACUGCGUUGGCGUUUCGCAUGGAUAAAAGUAUCUUGGUGUCUGGCACGAGUGCGGGCGAAGUCGCCCUGUGGGAUCUUGAGAACCGCUGCCUCGAGGGUGUGCUCACGCGCAGUAAGCAGGUGCGUUCCGAGGCGGAAGUGUUGGAAAACCCGCACACUAAUGCUGUGCAUUCCAUUUUGGUCCUGCCUACGGACAGCGCCACCAUUGUGACGGCGGGGGCGGAUAAUGCGCUGCUGCAAUUUAGGUUCGACACCGUUGACGGCCUCGGGACACUGGUACGCGAGCGUCGUGGGCACAUGGGUAGUUGCACCACUGCUCUCUUUUACAACACCGAUCUGCUGCUUACAGCUGGAACAGAUCGAGCACUUCGCGUGACCCACGUCUUUUCCGACCGCGCAUCCUGGGAAUUGUCGCAGGGUAAGCUGGGUCGACGCGGUCGCGAAAAGCAGAUGGGCCGUGAGGCGUUAAAAAUGACACCGGCUAUUGCCAUGGCCAGCUCUACCGCGAGAAACUAUCAAUGGUCAAGUGUUGUCUCGCUACAUGAGGCCUCCGCACAGAUGUGUGGCUGGAGAAUGGACACGCGUGCCUUGGAGUGUAAACUUAGUGGUAUUACAACCUCUAUGCAUACAGCACGCUCCAUCGCUUUGAGCGAUUGUGGUAACUUUGCCGUUGUCGGUUAUUCUAGCGGCAACGUGGCAAUCAUCAGCAUCCAGAAUAGGAGUGUGAAGCAGCUGUUUGAUGCUGCACUUCAGCCCCAUGAUCGUGCCCAUACUAGCUCUGUGGAGUGCGUUGAAAUAGCCUGUGGCAAUAGUAUCGUUGUCACUGCGGGCCUGGAUGCACGGAUCAAGUUGUGGGAUCUUCUCACCGGUGGUCUGAGGUCCGCCGUAAAGGUGGACUGUCCGAUGAAUAAGUCCUGCGUUCACCAGCCUUCAUCGCUCUUUAUUGUGGCACAGCACUUCACAAUUCGUGUCUAUCACUGUAACCCUGAUGUGGGGCUCAGUGAUGAUGCCCUCGCCACCCCUGUGCGAGUGUUUGACGGACACAAUGGACCCAUCACGGCAUUGGCUUUGACGCCUGACUCCCACCGUUAUGUUGUGUCCGCCUCUGGGGAUGCCGCGCUACUCGUAUGGGACCUUGCAGCGGCUGCUUGUGUCGGUCAGUACCGACUUGCCUCCCCCGCCCACUCGCUUAGCUUUCAUCCAGACGCACUCUUCAUGGUCUCCACCCACGCGGGAGAACGCGGCGCGUUCUUGUGGUCGAACAAUUUGCGUUACGGCUUUGUGCCGGAAGUCGUGACGGACCCGAAGGGGCGGAUGGUGGAGCAACUGCCGCUCCUGCACUUCCCCACCGCACACGGUGAGGCAGACUUGCAGGAGGAUGAGCCGCAGCCCUGCAAUGGCGACGACGACGAAGAAGAGGCAGGGGGCACGCUGGAGGCAAGCAAGGAAGAUGAGAUGCAGCAUAACGGCCAUCAACAACUGGCCGAUGGGAGGGGAGACGCAGAAGCAGAGCUGUUUGAUGCGUCGAAGGACACCGCGCUUAUACGGCGCCAACGGGAGCACGAGCAAAUGGUGCAGCUCGAUGGAAUUGUUUCCGGCGGCUUACGGCUCGCCGGUGUGUCCCGUUCCUUGUGGUUUAACCUCACGUUGCUGGAGCAGAUUAAGGAAAAGAACAUGCCACUCCUGCCACCCAAGAAGCGUGACGUUCCCUUCUUUCUCCCUACAACGCAAGAACUACGUCCUACCUUUCUUGUGUUGGCGUCCUCGGGAAAAAGUGGAGAGUCGGCGGCGCCUCAGACACACGUCGUCGGCGCACCGCUUGCAGAAUUGACGCAGUUGCAGCGCAUGUUGCUGGAGGAGGAGCAUGACGACUUGAUGCUCUACUUACUCGCACUGAAGACUCCACAGGCCAUUGACUUGGAGAUUAAGCGUGCUGUGGAGUAUACCGAUGGUGUUUCCUACUCGAAGGAGGAACUAGACCGUAUCCACAGCUGUGUCCGCGGGCUAUUUUCUUUUCUGGCGACGUGGCUGCGGCGACGUGAAAACGUGGACCUUGUGCAGGGUAUUUUGGCCGACGUGAUCCGCUCCCACGGUGCACUGUUAACCAAAUGUGGGGAGGAGAUGGUGGAUGUGCUUGAGGAGGUGGCGCAGCUGCAGAACGCGGUGCGGCACAGCAUGGAUCACCUGGUGGGCUACCCGAGCUGCCUGGUUGGCACCUUUUCGGGUUCACUCUUUUAG